AUGGCGCUGCGAAGAAAGAGGCAGCGCGCAGGCGCCUUGUUGGCGCUCUUGACUGUCCUGGCCUGGCGGCCACUGUCUUUUGCAGCGCCGGGGACGAAUGAGAAGGCCAAGAUUGAGUUCUACACCAUGGACAUGUGUCCUUAUGCACAGAGGACCUGGAUAACUCUGGAGGAGAAAGGUGUGCCCUACACUCGCACACUUGUAAACGUCCGAAAUGCCACGGAGCGCGAGUGGUAUGUGAAGAACAUCAAUCCUUUGGGAAAGGUUCCGUCCAUUCGUGACUUGACGGACGGAACCGUUCUGUACGAGUCGGAGAUCAUCAACGAGUACCUGGAGCAGAAGUUCGCAGAUUCUGGACCUGCUUUGAUGCCACCGUCUGCAGCUGGGGCUGCCAAGGUCAGACUCUGGAACCACCACUUGAACAACAAGUUAGCACCAGCGCAUUUCACCUUCUUGAUGAACAAGAACGAGACUGCAGAGCCAGACAAGGCAAAGGCCUUGGAGGAGGCUCUGCAAUACUACGAGGACAAUUUGAAGGGCCCUUUCCUGCUUGGUGACGAGUUCACGCUGGCCGACGUCAGUGCCUUGCCAUUUUUCGAGCGUCUCAUCUUCUCUUGCCGACGCUUCAAGGAGUACGAGAUCCCGUCGCAGAUGAAGCGCCUCCGCACCUGGCUCGACAAAGCCAUGAGCCAGCCCUCCUUCGUCGCGACGAAGAGGCCAGAGGACAAGUUGGAGGAAGUGUAUCAACGGUUUCUCGCCGUCAACUACACGUCGCCUCUGGUGCUGGCGGCGGCAGCAGCUGCGAUCGGGUCAUCCAGGGCCUUCUGCCAAAGAUGCAGAGUUCUCUUCCAGCCGCUCCAGAGGCCGAGUGGCCCGCUUCCCCGCGGCGCGUCCCCGCCCAAUCUCGAUCUUUACACUGCGAAGGGCGUGGUGUCGGCGCCGAUGCCACAGCUGCCGCCGGGAAAGCAGUCGGUCUUCGAUGGGGUGCCCCUGCUGCAGACCGACGAAGUAGAUCCGGGUCUGGGCGCCCUCGUGAGCCAGUUCGGAAGCAGACUGGUAUCUGAGUUUCAACCCCUCGACAUGGUCUCGGCCUUGUUGAUACUGCUGGGCCUGGGGCUUGGCGUGCUGGACACGCGACGUCGAUGGCUCUCUUACGCUGGCGACGCCAUCACUUGGUCUCUGUACGAGACGCUGGGCGGCCCCACGAAAACGCUUCCUGGUCGGCUGGUGCCCGGCACCCAGGCGGAGGUGGAGCGGGCCAGCAUGUCAUGGCCCAACGUACGCGAGCUUCUGGCCUUUCUGCAGCAGGCGCGUGUCCCAGACCGUCUCCGGGCCGCAGCAGCUGCAGAUGCAGCCAUGACGCAGCACGAGCUUCGGCCAUUGGCUGAAGCGGUGCUGCUGGCCUGCUCCGAUGCGCUCCUGUUGGAUCCGGAGAUGCCCCUGCCUGCCAUCGACGGGGAGUGGGAGUGUGCCUGCGACUACUUCCGGAACGGCAACGUGAUCUUUGUUCCCAUGCGUCUACGCGGGGCAUCAGGAUCAUACACCGCCGAUGGUGGCAGGCAUGAGAUCAGAGACAUUCAGAGACGCCGUGAAGGAUCCUUGGUUGUUGCUGAUUUCUGCUGGGAGAACUCUGCCGGGGCAACCGGCAACGGCAAGUGGCUGGUGAGCAGGGAGGGGAAUUUCAUCGCCGGAAACUGGCGCCAGGAUGGCGUCGCCGAGGGCCCCUGGAGUUGGUACGGCCGCAAGAAGCCCUCCCUGCGAACGCCGCCUCCACCAGAGGUGGCCAAAACCAUGGCGCGCGAGGCUGCAAACCAGGAGCCACGCUCCACAGAUCUGGGGCCCACUGCCAUCAAGGCAGGUGCAGCUGCUGUCGAGGAGGCCGGCGCUGACGCCGCAGCACGCGAGGCUGUCGCACAGGCCUGGGACGUCUCUGCGCCGGUACAGCCGUCCGGAACCGGUGGCGACUUGGCCCCCUCGGCGGUGCUCCGACGCCGAUGGCUGGCUGCAGGGGAGGACCUGCGUGCGGUGCUUGGGCUCACGGUGAGUGGCCUUGUCCCGGAAGAUCUCCAGCCUAUCUCCGCCCCGCAGCGCAGACGCCGCAGCGACGCGGAAAACGGCGGCCUGCUCCGGCGUGGCGCCACGCCACGCGACGAGCUGCUGAAGGCGGUGAGGCUCGUGCUGGAGCCGGCGGGCAAGGGUGACACCAUGUGGUUGAUCACCUAUGAGAACGUCUCCAUCGUGCCGGGCAAAGAGCCACGCAGCAUUUGGUAG